CCAUUCAUCACUUCUGCCAAUAUUUCAAUCCACUGUUAUCAAACAAAGAGUAUUAUGGGGAUAAUUUGGGUAAGGGUGGACAAAGUAAGCUCUUACUUUGAUGUAAGUGCCAGGCGUGAAGUUUAUGAAUGAAAUGAAAGAAGAAAGCAUCCCUGUAAUCCUCGCACGUGAGUAAUCGCGCGCUCGUCACGUGACUGUCGCUUUGCAGUCAUGGCCGACGACUACAGACGAAGCGUCGAGCUGGAGAGGAGGAUUUUUGAGUUAGAUAACAAGUGUGCCACUCUUCGGACGGAGAAACCAGGUAACCGGGAAUCAUGUCGUCAGUUGCGCAAUACCAGCCUCCCGUCAAUGUGUGCCCAGCCUGUUCAACUGAGUAAAAGAAUAUGCAAUAUGAUUUAUAUUGUUGUCUUGGACAUUACAUUCUAUGAGGAAAACAGGCUUGUAGAUCAGGAGUUUCCUGAGGACACUUCCCCUUUUAAAAUUCAGCAGUUACUACAGGACUUGACAGAGCCAGAGGUGUUAGCAGGGCGACUGGUACCUGCACAAGAGGUGCAGUCUGUGCUGGGGCUGGAGCUGCUGGAGUGCCUAUACUGGAGGCGUGGGGCAUUAUUAUAUAUGUACUGCCACACACUACACCAACGCAAGCAAUGGAUCAAGAAGAACAAAGCCACUUUCCUUAAGUGUCUUCAAGAAGGUGUGCGUUACCUUAUGAGAAUGUUGCAAGUGAGGAACUCAGUCAAGCUGAACGAUGGUGUGGUUUUUCAUGACUCUGCAACCGCCAAUUUUCUGGCAGAAGGUAUCUUUUCUGAUACUCACUUGCUUACAAUGAUGUACAUUGGUGAGAUGUGUUUCUGGGCAGUGAAAUAUGAGGACUGCAGCAUGGACACCACAGAGCGCAAAGAGGACAGGCUUCAUUUCCGAGAUAUUGGCACACAAAUCCUCCAUAAGUACGUGCUGGCAUGCGAGGGGCCACUUCAGGGUCAGGGCUGGAACACAGAGAAUGCCAAGGAGAUCCUUAAUAUUUUACAGUAAACCUGGAGAGAGCUUUUAGGAGAGGAGAUUCUCAAAAAUGUCAUUGUUCUGAAGCUAGCAAAAAAGAAAAAGAAAAGUAAAACAAACACACAAAAAAGAUUUAAAAAGAAAAAUACUGAAAACAAAAAAGGCACUUAUCUUCCGGUCCAGAUUUGUUUUCUGGGUGUGUGUUUUCGCCGAGAAUGUGGAAUAAUACUUCUAAUGUAAAAUAUAAACAAAUAACUAUUUGUUUAAGGAAAAAAAAUUCCAGCUGAGAAACAUCGCAACUUUUUAUUUAUUUUAAUUUUUAUUUAUUUAUUUUUAAUUACAUUACAUUUAUAAAUGUAAUUUAUAUAUGUUAUUAAAACAAAUGGUACAAAGGAGAGGGAAAUGCAGGUAUAUGUUGCAUAUUUAAGUAUUUGUGACCAUUUUUAAGUAUGGAUCUUUUCAUUUUAAUAACAUCUUUGUAUAUGACACCUCUUCUGCUCACUUAUUAAAAGUUGCAUCUUUAUUCCUUUCAUUGACCAGAUGUUUAGAGAUGGGAAUUUGGAUAUUUUGAUAGUAUACUUUUAAAAAGCUAAACGUUUUGGUCAUAUUCUUUUUCAAAUGAAGUUCAUUUUUUGUUUUUUAUGUCUUCAUUGAAAUAAAUUUUGGGUUAAGAAAUGU